GAGAACGAGGAGAACUUCUCCGGGCAGAGAGCCGGUCAGCACCGCGGACAGAGGCACCUAACAACCGCGCCAUUGACCUCCCUGCUUCGCUUGCGCCCGCCGGUUGCCCAAGACUCGCGCCAUGACCGCGGAGGCUUACCUGCAAGAGGCGACGGUGUCGGCAAGCCAGUUUUUCGCGAUCUGGCGCCAUUACGACGCUGAUGGUAAUGGAUACAUGGAUGGAAACGAACUGCAGGGUUUUAUCCAAGAACUGCAGCAGGCACGACAGAAAGCUGGCUUGGGCUUAACCCCAGAAAUGAAAACUUUUGUGGACCAUUUUUCAAAGACUUCUGAUGGAAAAAUAGGAAUUGUAGAGCUUGCUCAGGUACUGCCAACAGAAGAGAACUUCCUAUUAUUCUUUAGAUGCCAGCAGCUGAAAUCUAGUGAAGAUUUCAUGCAGAUAUGGCGAAAGUAUGAUAGUGACCAUAGUGGAUAUAUUGAGGCUGAAGAGCUUAAGAACUUUUUGAAAGAUUUACUGCAGAAAGCAAAUAAACAGAUUGAUGAUUCAAAACUAUCAGAAUACACAGAUAUUAUGCUCAAGAUGUUUGAUGAAAACAAUGAUGGAAAGCUGGAACUGACAGAAAUGGCCCGGUUAUUGCCAGUACAGGAAAACUUUCUCCUUAAAUUUCAGGGUAUUAAAAUGUGUGGAAAGGAAUUUAAUAAAGUUUUCGAUACAUUUGAUUCAGAUGCAAAUGGCUACAUAGAUGAACAGGAAUUAGAUGCUUUGCUAAAAGAUCUCUGUGAAAAGAAUAAAAAGGAAUUAGAUAUCAAUAACCUUGCAACCUACAAGAAGAACAUUAUGGCCUUGUCCGAUGGAGGAAAACUUUACAGGACAGAACUUGCUCUCAUCCUCUGCGCUGGGGAAAAUUAAGAGACCAUCUCUCAUUUCCACUCCAACUAGUGAUAUAUUGUAUCUUAAAAAAAAUAAAACAAAACAAAAUUAACUGUGCAUUAUAAGAGAGUAGGCUUUAUUUCUUUUAUACUUUGUAAAUUUAAAAUUGCACAUAGAUAAUUAGCCAGGUUAUGUGGCACAUUCUUUUCAGCUUGUUUCUACUAUGUUCGUAAUGUACAGCUUUUGUAACUAAAGACGAUGUCUUAAAUUACCCUGGGCCAGUCUGUCAAUGCAUUUACCAAUAAACAUGGCUUUGUUUCUGUGAGACAUGGGAGAAAGUUUUAAGAGCACAGCUGAGAUUGGUAUUGGCUAGGUCUCCAUAAAGCAAAUAGAUUUUUGACAAUGUCAGAAAGAAACACACAUUCAAAAUCAGUUUUGGAUAAUGGGGAAUUUCUUUUUUUUCCUUUUCCUUCCUUUCCUUGUAAAGGAAUGUAGCACACGGAUAAGAGGGAGGCUGUUGGGAUCCACCAGAAUCAUUUGGUGGUGUCAUCUUCUAGAAAGUGAUGGUCAGCCUUUUUGUCAAGUGUACUAUAAGUCAAUCAGUCCAAAAUGACUAGUCACCUCUUUUUAGGAGAUAUCCCAUAUCUAAAUAUGCCAGAAACCAUUGAGAAAUGUUUUAAGAAUUUCAUUUUUAGCAGUUUCAGUCGAGAAAAGAUCUGGGCAUAGACACAUCAGCAGUGCUUUGGUUUACUAUGAUCAAGUCAACUUCCAAUAUGUUAUAAAUGUCUUGUUCUCCAGCUUCCUUAAAUUCACUACCAAGGUCAAACAGAGGCUCUGGGUGUGAAGGUGCUGAACUUCCUGAGAAGUUUUUAAGCUUCCUUGUUGCCUGGCAAGAACAACAUUGUAUUUUUACUGGACAAAUGGCAUGUUUUUAAUCAGUUAAAAAUCAAUACACAAAUUUGCCUCAUAUUUCACUUUCAAUCUUUAGCAUUUGUAAAUGCUGUUAUGUCAGAGAAUGUCAGUCCAUUUUUCUAAAGCUAUUUCCACAUUUUGCAUAAUACAACUCUUGCAAACUGCUAUUUUUACAUAAUUUUAUGUAAUCUAUAAUUAAAUUUCAUAUGCUAAUAUACUGGUACACAAUUUGUUUGAUAUUCUGUUCUAUCACAGAUGAUAAAGGCUCCACAAUCGCAUGGAUCAAGCCACAACCCAAUUAAUUUUCCAAAGUCUAGGAAAUUCUCCAAUUUCCAUAAGAAAUAGUCGAUUUAUCUCCUAAUUUUUAUAAGUGGUUGAGGCAUAUUCAGUGCAAAUAAAAUUGCUUUAUCAUCUAUGUAUUGUACCUAACCUAGAAAUGACACAAGGAACACAGAAAACAUGUGUCUGACUCUAUACAUACCUACAUCACAAAUUCCAUUUAAUUAUUUUGGGUAGGAUUGUGUCAUUUAGUUGUAACAAUCCAAUAAAAGUACACUGUACUACCUGCUUAUCACAAAAGGAAGCUAUAGAGGCUGACUCUCAAUCAUAUCAAUUCAAAUGUCAUUAUAUAAAACAUUUUAAAUAUUGUUUAUCAAAUCUUCAUACAUUCAUUUAUUUUAAUCCUUUUUGGGAAACUGUAUAUUAACUGGGCUGAAAUUUAUUCAUUGCAUCCAAUCUACAUAACUUCCAAACAAAUGUGAUAAUAUCCCCAAGUCUGUAUUAGUGUUGAUUUAACUUGUAAUGCAUCUACUUUAUUACUGUAUGUUUUCUUGAUCAUUCAAUUCCUUUAAAUAUAUUUUCAAAGACAGUUACUUAAUAUAAGGCUGCAUUUUUUUCCUACUGGUACCAUAUGACUAGAAUGUACAUUUCAUUGAUACCAAUGAGAUCCAAUUAGUAAGUGCUUGUAUGUUUUUUUUAAUUUAUACUACCAUUAUGAGUGUUUCUUAUCAGAAAGGUUACUGCAUCAAGGUUAUUACUUAAUCAGGUCAGAAAGUUCUUGUCUUAAUUCUACUUGAAGCAUUAACCAUUUAAAUAAUGGUAACUUGUAAGGGCUGUUGCCUGUUCAAAGGAUUUGCAUACUAUUUCAGCAGUAGGCAGCUUCAUAUGGUUAUGGGGCUGUUUUAUUAGCAUUUAGGAAUACUAUGAAGAGAUAAAGCUACAAUCAUUUAGCUAACUGGAAAUGAUAUCAGACAUCAGUAAGUCACUUGAUAUAUAAUUAUGGCUUUUGAAAAAGCUCAUCUUACAGAAUAUUCCUUUUAUUUACCACGGUAGAUAUUUAUUCAUACAGGAUUAAUACUCCUAUUGAUCAAAAUAUCAAUCUUAAUUGACUCAAAUGUUACUCAAGAUGAAUCUAUAAUUAAGCAUCUAAAUAUACAUGCCCUAAUUUUUGUUAAUACUGUGUGGCUACAAAGCCCAGUGGCAUUUAAUAAGAGCAGCUGCUAUGAAUUUUGAGAAAUUAGGUCAAUGAAUAUUAAUUACCAAUUAAUCUUAGUAUAUUUUAUUAUAAAUUAAAGCAUAAGGAUAUAUGUAUAUUUUGCUGGAUGUUCCCUCCCAACUCUUUACAUGAAAGAAAAAAAAUCUUAUUCUAUGAAUGUGAUCAGCUCAAAGUGGAGUUGAAAACGUAAAGGUAACAGUCAUACAUUGUAUACCAUAUUUGCUAUCAUCAUUUCUCUAGUCUUUUUCACUUGCAUCGCUGUUCUUGGGUGUCAAAUGAACACAUUAUCAUAUUCAUAAAAGAAAAUAAAUUAUGUUCUCAAGAAUGAUCCCAGCACUAUUAUUAUUCCUUUUAUGUCGUCAUCCAAGGAAACCACUAGCUUAGUGAUGGAAAGCAUUUUCAGGCAAAUUUUCAAGAGCUAUGUCAGGAUUUCAAGUAUACAACCAUAGCAAAUAGAAUUCUGAGACAGGUUAAUUCCUCAAAGAAUAGCUUUAUUGGAUAUAUCACAUUGGCGCAGGCUGGUGAA